AUACCACACGCAAUCUAGUUUUAUACACUUAGUGAACAGAACAGUAACUCCAAUUAAGAAUAUUUACAGUACUGGUAUUGUGUAAUAUAAGCUCUAUACCCAAUCACUUUAUGCUUUAUAUCAAGGUUUCAUAAAUAAAAAAAUUGAAAAUAUAAAAUGAAAAUACAGCUCUCCCAAAAAAUGACCUUCCUCAAAAAUAUCCUACCCCUGUUACUUCUGCUAACUCUGAAUUCAGUUUCAUCCAUAAACACAUCUGUGGAAAAUAACCAAAGACUGUUAUGCAAAAGUGAUACUACAGAUAAUGAAGAAAUAAUGACACAAUGCUCAUGCUUUCUCAACAAUGAUACCAUAAUACUUCAGGAUACAUCUAUCAGAUAUAAGAAUGAAACUGUCUACUUGGAAAAUUCAACUACACACUGGAGACUGAGUGACUGUGCUGUAGUUCAUCUUAGUGGCCCAACUCUUCUUUCGCUGAGCAACUUACACACACUGCAACUUCACAACAUUAAGGAACUACAUAUUGCUAAUACAUUUUUGGCACAGUACAGUGCUAAAUUGCAGAUACUUGAAAUAUACAAUUCCUCCCUGGUUAAUUCUGCUAGUUCAAUCAACAUUCAUGCUCACAACUUCAAGAAAAUAACUCUCGACAAUAUGUAUUUGAGAGGGACAUUUAACCUUCUGAUUAAUACAGAAGAAAAUAAAACGUUAGACCUUAUAACAAUUCAACAUAAUCAAAUAAGUGAGCUUGGAGAAAUAAAUAUUUCAUCUCGUCAAGUUCAUGAGUUUCUCCUAGAAAACAACAACAUCGGCAGUAUUAUGACAGGUGCCAUCUUACACAACUCUGAUACUACAACAAUCUAUGGUAAUACCUUUGGGAAUAUGAGUCUCCUAUCUUUGGACGUCUCUACAAGAAAUUUUACUUUGAAAGGAAAUACUAUCAAGGAGUUUAGACAAUCUGCCAUUCGAAUUUAUGAUGCAUCAUUCAUUGAGAUCAGUGAAAAUGUGUUCUCUCAUAUAGGAGAGAACAGUUUUAUUGACCUGAGGACAGUAUUAAACAAUGGUUCAUUCUCUUUCACCUACAACCAUUUUUAUACUUAUGAAUCAGGCAGUUUACAAUUUUAUCAUACAAUUUAUAAUAAGGAUCUCACUAUAAACCAUAAUGCAAUACAUGUUCCAGUCUGUGACUGCAAGGCUUUACAAUCAAUCGAAAACAUGACAGAAGCUCAUAAUAAAUCUAUGAUGGAUUUCAAACAACAAAGAUAUAUGACAUAUGAGCUGCUACAAGAAUCUUCAGCAUGUGUUAACAAUGAUGGGGUUGAGAACAGUAUGAUGAUUUUAUGUAUAGAAGCAGAAUCAAACAUCUCAUGGGUUUCUUUAAUUGCAGGCAUCACAGGGUUGAUUAUAAUGAUCAGUUUCAUUAUCUUUCUUAUGCAAAGGAAACAAAACUGUAUCAAGAAACUUCCAACUAAAAACAAGGUUUCAGUUCCAUAUGACUAUUCAGUAAAUUUUGGAUAUUUGGAUGACAGUGAAAAUGAAGAAUAUGUUAGAAAGUAAUGAACGGAACAAAGAUAACCUCCAACAAAAUGAACCUGCGGUAAAAAAUACUCAAAAUGAUUCACAAAAUUAUUUUCAGCUUACAUUAAAGACAUUAAUGUGUAAAAAGGAACAUAACCUUUAAAAAAAACAUAGCAACUGACAGAAAAUCAAUAACAAUCUUGGCCAAUCUGUAAGUACUUGAUUUAUGAUUGCAUAUCAAAGUACAUACUAUAAUUAAAAACCUGAACUACAUGUUUGUACAACUAUACAACCUUAGGUCAUAUUUAGUGCCUGGCUUAUGACUGAAUAACAAGGGACAUCCUAUAAUCAAAAACCUGAACUACAUAUUUGUACAGCCUUGGGUAGAAAAUUUUUUAAGACCUGAUGAAAAACUUUGUACCAAACUUGAAUACAAUACCAUGAUUUCAAGCAAAGUUUUCAAGAAAAAUGGCAAAACUUUAUGCGACUUUGAACUUGACAAAAUGAUAUGUGGUCAAAAUUCUUGUAACCUGAUAGUGUUACAACCUACCGAAUGUGAUAAAAAAUAGCCAGGAUGCUACCGCAGUCAUCAGGUAAGGAGAAAUUCUGGGAACAUGCAGAGGCAAAGUGAUUACCAAAAGUUUUGCAAGGUCUUAAAAGACUCUUAAAGGGUGAUGUAAACAAAUAAAACACAUGCGUAUAUAGUUUCUGGUUUUACAAGAAAUAACCGGUGUUUUGGCUUUUUUUAAAUCUGAUAUAUUGUAGUCUUUCUAAACUUAAUUGGACUAAGAACUAGAGUGCUCACAACUACAGAUAUGUAUGCAUUCUGAGCCCUAGUUACUAUAAAUCACCCAUCAUUUGCUUGCAUUUUGAACCCAAUCUAUCAUAAAUCACCUAUCGUACAUUUUCCAAGUUUGAAUAUUGGGUUAAUUAACUAAUGCUAAAACUGAGUUUUAUGUAACUGUUCAGCAGCUGACCAGUACUGUAUUAAGAUGCAGAAAACAAACAUUUAAAAAGCUGUAUUUUUCAGGCAAAACAUAUUUUGAUUAACAUUAUUAAAAUAUCACCCAUAUUCAAUAAUUCCAGAAUAUAAGGGCAAAUGAGUAAUACUUUAAUGUUAUAUAACUUUCAUACAUCUCAAAAGUUCCUCACACUGUACUCAGGAUUAUUUAUCGUAAGCUUUCUAUUAGUAUUGCUUCAGUAGUCAUAAUUUAUUUCUUAUUCAUAUUAUAUUCUAUGUCAAUAUAACAUUGCUGCUGCCUAUCUCUCAAUUGACAAAAGUACUAAGGCUAUUUAAUUACCAAUAUAGAUUAGGUUAUCCAUAUACUGUACCUCUAUGUAUAUAAUACAGAAAAAUUUAUAAAUAAAAAUAGGACUUAC